CGGCUGUUGUGCGGGGCCGGGGGCGCCGAGCGGCGGCAUGUCCGAGGACCGGGCGCAGCGCAGCGUCCCCGCGCUGCCCGACGAGGCGCCCGCGGUGCGAGCUGCCGCGGCGGAGCUGAGGGGCAGAGCCGAGGCGGACCGCAGCCAGCCCUGGCCGCUGCCUCUCAGCGACUCCUUCCUACUCAGGUUCCUGCGGGCCCGCGACUUCAACCUGGAGCUGGCCUGGAGGUUAUUGAAGAACUAUCACAAGUGGAGAGCUGAAUGCCCAGAAAUAACUGCAGAUUUACAGCCAUCUUCUAUUCUCAAUCUCCUGCGUGCUGGUUACCAUGGAGUUCUGCGAUCGAGAGACCCACAUGGCAGCAGAGUUCUGAUUUAUAGGAUUGGACAAUGGGAUCCCAAGAUGUUUACAGCAUAUGAUGUGUUUCGCGUAAGUCUUAUUACAUCAGAGCUCAUCGUAAAGGAGACAGAGACACAGAGGAAUGGAGUCAAGGCAAUUUUUGAUCUUCAAGGGUGGCGAUUUGCUCAUGCAUUUCAAAUCUGUCCGACAGUGGCCAGGAGGAUUGCUGCCGUGGUCACAGAUUCCUUUCCACUAAAGGUUCGUGGCAUCCACUUGAUUAAUGAGCCUUUAUUUUUCCACCCCGUCUUCAGUCUAAUUAAACCUUUCCUCACUGAAAAAAUAAAGGAACGGGUACACAUGCAUGGCAGCAAUUACAUACAGAGCCUGACUCAACACUUUCCAGCCAGCAUUCUUCCACAGGAAUAUGGAGGGGAGGAAGUCUCCAUUGAAGACCUUGCUCAGGAGUGGACUGACUUUAUAAUGGAAUCCGCAGAGUAUCUUCAGAGUAUUUCUCUUGUGUCCCAGUGAACCAACCAUACAAAAAUAACAUCUCAGUUUUUAGGUUGCUGAUUAAAAUAGAGAGCAGCAGUUAGUUCCUUGCAUUCAACUGCAAUCAGAAAAAAAAUGUAAUCAGACGUCUUUCAUGUAAAUUUGAAAUGAUUGUAAACAAGACAUUGGGAGCUGUAAUGCCCCAGUGACUGCAUUCUUAUGUUAGCGUGAAGAGAUCAAGUAUUUACAUCUCUGGACUAAAAGUUUCAUGAGUUUCACAUUUAGUGGGAUAAUAUGCACUACUGUUUGUAACAGAUUAAAUUAUAUGCCUAGAGGCUGUAUAAUGCUACAUGUAGGAUAUUGCAGAGAUCAAUAUUUUUCUAGAUAUGUCCUCAUGGAGCACUAAUCUGUAAUGGUUCAAUAUAGACCAUAUGUUUAGCUCUUGCAUUAAGACUCAUCAAGUUGAUGAGGGGCUAAGAUAAAGAGCCAAAUGAUUUCAAGAACUGCAGAGCCAUCCUGAUUAGAGCAAAACAGUUUGGCUUGGAUGCAGGAUUAUACAAAGCAGUGAUUUUUUUUUCUCAGGGCUCUUGUCUAACUGAAGGGGGCCAAGAGGGGAUGGUUUUUGGACUGAUUCUCAGGGAAACUGUUUUUUAUUCAGUUUGCCCAGCUGGGCCUGCACAGUUUGGAUGGUGUUUAGUCUGCAGUGGUGGAACACUGCUGUGCCAUCCGCUGCAAUGAGCAGCUCCUAUCUGUGGGAGUACUUGAGAUGAUAACCUAAGACUGUGAAGGGAGAAUGGGGAAAUGCAACUUAAAUGCUGUGAAAAGACAAUGUAAAUCAGAAAGCAGAAGGUAUAAAUAAAUUGAGAUUUGAAACCUGAUGACUGAUUCUCCCUCUAACAGAUCAUCUCUUGGGGAAUUUAUAGAGCAGUUCCCUAUGAAGUAGUAAAUACCUUUAACUUCCUUUCAUUCCUGUUUUCCUGAUCUCCUGCUGUUUUCCUUUUCACUAACAACCUCUUUUCUACCUUGUAUUCUAUCACUGUAAUGCCUCCCUUCAGCCCUUUUCCCCCACUGCUCUCUUCCCCCUCCUCUCUCUGCUUUACCUUUUGUCUUUCUAAUUUCUACCUAUUUACAUUCUCACUGACAUCCUGACACACUUUUAGCUUCUCUCAUUUCUUGGAGUCUCAGACCAGCAGAGACUUCCUAUGCCUGAAGAAGGGUGUGUGCACCCAAAAGCCAAGAACUUUUUUCCAACUGCUCAGUUGGUCUAAUAAAAGAUAUUACGUCUAUUCAAAGAUCCUUGCCUGCCUAUGUAAAUAAAGGGUGCUUAGCAAUUCACAGAAUCAGGCUGUUAAAGGGAACAAAGUAGAUUUUCCCUCAUGGUGGAGAAAUAAAAGCUACUGGCCAUAGUUAUUAUAUUUCUUCAAUAUUAAUGCUUUGGAAAGAAAUCACAGAAAGCCAUUUCCAAUUAACUGAAAAUUUAGUUUUCCAGUGAAGAUAACAUUUUGUAUGGCUUUUGCUUUACCUAGCAGAAGUAAACGUUUUUGUUAAUUAUAAACUCACAGCCCUAAUUGUUUCACAUGGCCUCACAUAUUAUAUAAAGGCAAAAUUUGGCUUCAUAUUUUGUGGAGCAGUGUUACCUUUUCUUUUGCACCAGACCAGUGAAAUAAUGUGUCCUUUUUUUUAAACUGAAUGUUUAUGAGUAAAAUGGUACUCUGAAUGUUUAACACAGUCAACAUAAUGUUAGCUGUAAGUACGUUCUUGGGAUUCAAAUAUGUUUUUUAAUGUUUUCACCCAUUAUAUAGCCCAAAUUACUCAGAUGUCGCUAGAGAAUUUUGUAAGACGGGUGGAAAGGCUAUUAUUAAGAUGAAUGGAUAUGAAGAGACUUGAACUGCAAAGUAAAAAACAGUCUGCACAUAUAUUAUUCCCACUAAAAUUGCAACAGGAGUGCCUUUUUUUAACAAUAAUCAAAUGUCAACACAAAUAUAAUUUUGCUACUGACUAUAAAUGCACUAUAAUGCACAAUGUUUUAUAAUUUUGUACAUAUUUUAAUAUCUCUAUAUUCAGAAAGUAAACAGAAUAAACCAUUUCUAAGGGA